GUUUACUUGGCUAAGUAUCCCACGACCUUCAACAACUUCAUUCAAAUUGUUUGGUGAGAGAAGUUUAUACUGAGAGUUCAGUUCAAGGAAGUAACAACUGAGAUGGCACCUUUGAUGUUUAAAGAUGCUUUCUGGGGGUCUGAAUUCACUUCUCAUGCCGGGUAUGAUGCUAUGAUCCAAAGGUUACGAGAUGGAAGGCAAAUGUGCAAGGAUAUGGAGGAGCUUUUAAAGAUGAGGGCACUAGCAGAGGAAAAGUAUGGGAAGGAACUGGUGACUAUUGCUCACAAAGCUGGAGGACACACAGAAAUCAGCACCUUGAGAGCAUCCUUUGAACAAUUAAAAGCACAAAUCGAGAACAUUGGGAACUUUCACAUCCAACUCUCUGAUAUAUUGAAAGAGGAGGUGAAAAAGAUUGAGACAUUCAGAGAACGGCAGAAAGGGCAGAGGAAGAAGUUUGAAAGCAUCAUGGAGAAAGUUCAGAAGAAAAAGGUUUCUUUGUACAAGAAGACCAUGGAGUCUAAGAAAAACUACGAGCUGAGAUGCAGGGAGGCAGAUGACGCAGAACAGGGGGCUGAGAAGACAAUUGCUACAUCCAAAAACUCAGACAAGGUUCGUCACAGGGCCAAACAAUGCAGACAGGCGGCCAAUGAAGCAGAGAAGCUGUACUUUACCAACAUUGUUCAGCUGGAAAGGGUUCGCCAGGACUGGGAGGAAACACACAAAAGCACGUGUGAGGUGUUCCAGCAGCUGGAGGGAGAUCGCAUCAGCAUGCUCAGGUGUGCUCUCUGGGACCACUGCAAUAAUUUCUCCAUGCAGUGUAUCAAAGAUGAUGAGUUUUACGAGGAGGUGAGGAAGCUACUGGAACAGUGUGACAUCACAACAGACAACAACCAUUUCAUAGAGAUGAAAGGCACGGGAUCGAGGCCUCCAGAGCCCAUAUUGUUUGAGAGCUACUACCAGACAGAGGCGUCCAUGGACAGCAAUGGCCAAGCUCAUUUCGCAGGGGGAGGACAAGACAUGAUGAUCAGGUGCUCUGAUCACCUUCUGGCAAGUUCUAUGAACAUAAGUGCAGACAGUCUUCAAAACUCUUCAUCACCACUGACAUCUACUGAUGAGUCUGAAAUUUCAGAUGGAGGAUAUACACCCAUAACAGGCCUUCAGUGUGCGGCACCAUUGGCCACAGUUUCAGCUGAUGAAGACCAUUAUAUUGUACUUUAUGAAUACACUGCACAGGAAGGGGAUGAAUUGUCUAUCAGUAGAGGGGACAUGAUCCGAGUGUUGGAGCGAGGAGAAGAUGGCUGGUGGACAGCGGAGAGGAAUGGGCUGACUGGACUGGUGCCAGGAAACUAUCUGGGCAAAAUCUGAAUACACACCCACGUGCGCAUGCACGCGCACACACACACACACUUAAACAAGAAAAUACAGACAAAUAACAACAUCACACAUUAAAACUUGGAUAUGCUUAAAAAUACAGGCAAGUACACAUCAUGUGUCAAACUUGCAAAAAACACACACACAUACACACACAUUCCUGGACUGACAUCCAGAACUUGUAGAUUUUCUGAACCUGAAUUGAACCUGAACCUGAGCAAUUUAUAAGUCUUUAUCAGGUACCCCUUCCAUAUUUACAGUUAGACCUUUCAGAAAGCUUUCUGAAUUGAUUGGUGGGAUUCUUAUUUAUUAUUUAUUGAGGAAUGAAAGACCAUUUGGUUUCUGUGUUUGAAUGGAAUGUUUCAGUGGCAUCCAAUGACAUUUACCCUGUCAAUGCCAUUAUUUCAACAGGAGUCUGAAGACCAAACAAAACCUUUUUUUCCAGUUGCUAAUAGUAGAACUAGUAUUAUACUAGUGCAAGCUAGGCUCUGUAUGAUUAUCAGACUGGCUGUUGAAUGGAUUUAUUUCCAACUGAUAAGAUAAGUUCUGGCACUGUACUGUAUUUCAUGUGAUAAAUCAUGAAUUACCAUUAGAUAAAAUCAGGAGCAUGCAGUUAUAAGUUAUAUGCUAUGUGUCUAAAUCAAAGUGCAACUGUGUAUAAGGAUGAUCCAACAGUUGACUUGGGAUAAGCUGCAGUUUGGUCUUGUCUCUCAGGUUUUAAUUUUUAAUUUCUUUGUUGUGUUUUUGUAUGUUAUGUGAGCUGUGGGAGAUAGAGGGUUACAACAUGUACAAUAUGUAAGUAUGUUAGGUGUCCAUAAGCUAUUUUGUGUGACCUCUAGGUAUAUCAUGUUUAUUUCCAUGUACAACCAUGUGGAUGAAAUGGCAAUUAAACAGUCAAGUUGAAA